CCUGCGCUCCCCGGACACCCCCGGGGCUCCCUGCCGCGGCCCCGGCUGUCCCGGCCGCAUUCCUGUACCCGCAGCUCGAUGGGAUCCCGCACAGAAGAAUAAGGCAGGAUGGAUGUGUACGAUCCUCAGACGUUGGGUGUUGUGGUCUUUGGAGGCUUUAUGGUGAUAUCAGCCAUUGGGAUCUUCCUGGUGUCCACCUUCUCAAUGAAGGAGACUUCUUAUGAAGAAGCCUUGGCAAAGCAACGUAAGGAGCUUGAGAAGACCAACCAGCACAAAACAGAGAAAAAGAAGAAGGAAAAACCUGUUGAGAAAAAAGGAAAAGCAAAGAAAAAGGAAGAAAAACCUAAUGGAAAGAUACCGGAGCAGCAAGUUACUGAGGAAGUGACUGACUCUUCCAAGGAUGUGGUUCUUCAGCCUGCUGUGGUGCCAAAGCCUGUAACAGUUGAAUCUCCAAUCCCAGCGGUGUCAGUGCCCCCCCAGGAAAAGGAGAAACCUGCUCCAUCUCCUAAGGAAAAGAGGAAGAAAGAGAAGAAGGUGGCAAAGGUAGAACCUGCUCCUAGCCCAGCACUAGCGUCUCCUCCUGCCAGUGUUCCCAAAAGCUCUCCUGUCUUGGAGGUGACCCCUAAGGAGGUACCUGUUGUGGCUGUGCCACCAGUUGGCACGCAGCAAAGUGCUCCGGUUGUCAGCUCCAUCCCCAUCAAAAAACCUGAGGCUCUUCCAACCCAUGAGGAGCAGAAGCAUGAUGGGCCAGUCAAGAAGAAGGCUGCAUCCAAGAAGAAGGCUGAACCAGCACCUGCUGACUCAGAUGGGCCCCUCUACCUGCCCUACAAGACACUGGUGUCCACCAUCAGCAGCAUGGCAUUCAGUGAGGGGGAGGCUCAGCAGCUCAUUGAGAUCCUGACAGAGAGAGCGGGCAUCGUGCAGGACACCUGGCACACGGCCACGCAGAAGGGUGACCCAGUCGCUGUCCUGAAGCGCCAGCUGGAAGAGAAGGAGAAGCAGCUCAGUGCUGAACAGGAGGAUGCAGCUGCUGCCAGAAACAAGCUGCGGGAGUUGAACAAGGAACUGGCAGCUGAGAGGGCCAAGGCAGCAGCCAGUGAGAACAAGCUGAAGGAACAGCUGGUCACCCGCGAGCGGGAGAUCACUGCUGUCCAGGCACGGAUGCAGGCGAGCUACCAGGACCAUGUUAAUGAAACGCAGCAGCUCCAGGGAAAGAUUCGGGCCCUGCAGGAACAGCUGGAGAAUGGCCCCAACACACAGCUCGCUCGCCUGCAGCAGGAGAACUCCAUCCUGAGGGAUGCGCUCAACCAGGCCACCAGCCAGACGGAGAGCAAGCAAAAUGCUGAGCUGGCCAAGUUACGGCAAGAAUGCAACAAGCUGAUGAAAGAGCUGUCUGAAAAAUCAGAGGUGCUACAGCAAGAGGAGCAGCAGAAAAAGAGCUGGGAGAUCAAAGCAGCAGCGUCAGAGAAGCAGAUCGAGCAGCUACAGGCUACACACAGAGAAGUGGAGGUGACACUCCAGAAGAGAUUGGAUGAAGUAAGCGACGAGCUUCGCAAAACCCAGAGCAGCUACAGGAGCCUGGUAGCAGAUGCAGAAAAGGCCAAAGGGCAGCAGCAAAGCAUUGCUGAACUGCAGACCAAGCUGCUGAGCUCUGAAACAGAGGUCAAAAGCAAAUUGCUGGAGCUGGACAGCUUGAAGGGGAAACUGCAGGAUGCCAGCUCAGAGAACACGAGGCUUCUGGAGAGAAUCAAAUCCAUCGAAGCUCUGCUGGAAGCAGGCCAGAUGAGGGAGGCAGAAAAAGACAGAGACCUGCAGGCAGCCAAUGAAGCAGAAAUGAAGCAGCUGCAGCUAAGGCUCCAGGAGAAAACAGACCAGCUCUCGUCCUUGGAAAGGGAAGCAGCAGAGCUGCGAGAGGCGAUGGAGCAACAGAAGAUAAAAAACAACGACCUUCGUGAGAAGAACUGGAAAGCAGUGGAAGCAUUGACCGCGCUGGAGAAGGCAUGCGAGGAAAAGCUACUUGCUGCUACAAAAGCAAAGGAGGAGUUGGCCCACCAGCUUGAUGUGCUCCAGACACGAACCAAAGAGACUCUGCUCUCUGCGCUCCCAGAAGUCACUGUGUCACAACAGGAUUAUGAGGCAUGGCUACAAGAGUUUAAGGAGAAGGCUGUGGACGUGCUAAAGCAACACACAAUUACAACAGAGCCUGUGGAUUCAGCACUUAAACUGAAAGAGGCAGAGGAAGCGCAGAGCACUUUACAAGCAGAAUGUGAGCAGUACAGAGCUAUCCUUGCAGAGACAGAAGGAAUGCUGCGAAACCUGCAGAAGAGUGUGGAGGAGGAAGAGCAGGUGUGGAAAGCAAAGCUCACUGUCUCUGGAGAGGAACUCCAAAAGUCACAACUCCAGUUGAAAUCCCUUGAAGACAUGAUAGAGAAGUUGAAAACAGAGCUGCAGAGCACUGACCAGCUAAAGGAAUACAUCUCUCUCCUGGAAGCGCAACUGGAAAAUCACUUGCAGACAGCCAGCUCUGAACGCCAAAACUACACAAAAGAAGUUGAAGGCCUGAGACAGCUCUUAUCAGAGUCCCAAGAGCAGCUGGAGGCAGCAAAGACAGAAACGCAGAAGCAGAGCAAGGAGCUGGCCCUGGUCAGGCAGCAGCUGAGUGAGAUGAAGAGCCACGUGCAGGAUGGAGAAGUAGCGGGGUCACAAGCUGACCUGGGUGAUCCCACACCCUUUGAGUUGAAAAUGCAGCUGGAACAGAAUGAGGCACUGAUGGAGAAGGAACAAGAGCUGAGGCAAAAGCUGGUGCGGGAGCUGGAGGAGGCACAAAGCUCAGCGUGCAGCUUGCAAGCAGAGCUGGAGAAGUUGAGACUGGCUGAAAACGCAGCAACUUCAGACACGGAGGAGGCCCAGCAUCUCAAGGAAAGACUUGAAAAAGAAAAAAAGCUAACAAGGGACUUGGGCCAGGCGGCAACCAAACUACAGGAGCUACUGAAGGUUACCCAGGACCAACUGGCCAAAGAGAGAGAAACGGUGAAGAAGUUGAAAGAACAACUUCAUGAAAAGGGGGAAGAGGACAGUUCGAAGGAAGGGACUUCAGUUUGAUGAGUCUGUGACCUAGAACGUACCGUUCGACUUACCAAAUGCCUUACACAUUCCUAAAACAAAAAUAUAUGCUGAAUUUAUUGUAGAUAAGAUACAAUACAAGCCAUUAGUGACCCACAACCUAGUUUUGAAACUUAAGAAAAAAAAAAAAAAAAACAGAAAAAAAAGCAACAGUGCAGGCGUACAUUUGUAAGAAAAUCUUCAUACUGUUUUGUACAACCAUUCAUUCCCCUGGGUGCUGCUCUGGCCGGGCUGGGGCCAGGACAUGACCCUCCUCGAACCCACGAAUGUGUGAAAAGGGAAGGCUGUGUUUGUACAUCAACUGGUGCAAUUAUUAUUAUAUAUAUAAAUAUAUAUAUAUAUAUUAUUUUUUUUUUGAGUGAAAGAAGUGUGAAAGUAAGACCCAUGAUGGAAGGAAGCCACUUGUUGAUGGGUGGCUCAGGGCACGUAUCCUUCUGUGUAUUUUCUGGGUGUCGAUGCAAUUAAAAUGACGUAGUGGGGA